UCCAUCCUUGGACGCGAAGGAUGCACUCAUAAAGUUAUCGUUUGUAGCAUCAACCACACCCCACACACCUCCCACAAGGACGGAAAGCUCGUCGACAAACAAAUAACUGCGGUAUCUGGUUCUAAAGAACCUUCUCCAACCGUCACUCAUCACAUAUCGAACGUUCCUCAACUAUGCCGGAGGAUGUCAACGAUAUGCAUUCGUCGCGGGAUCCCAGGCCGAAUCGCGGCCGGCGCGACUCGAUUAUUAGCAUUUCGAGUUUUUACAGCGAUGUGGAAAUGGCACAGGAUGAGAUCUUUGCAGGACCAACGUCGGAAAGUCUUCCCACGAGUGCGGCUUCGUUUCAGCAUCGACGGCGGCCGCGGACAGACUCAGUUACUAGUUGGUCGUUCUAUCAGAGGGAAGACGAACAAGAGCGUAUGAUUGGAAGCGGCGACGAUGAGGCACUAGAGGAGUCGGAUUUCGAUAUCGAGGAGGAGAGUUACAAUCGCAGGGACAGUCUUUCGAUCCGGCGGGAUAGUCAGUCAAUACGACGGCACAGCCUCUCGCUGCGCCGGAAAUCGUCAGCGCAGGAUGCACGGGUGUCGGAUCCGUUGAUACGGCAUAGGGAUAGGGAACCAGGCUCGAACCGACAACCGCACAGGACAAGUCAGACCAUCUACAUUGCCUCCGAGGACCUCACUAUUGCUGUGACUGGAUUCGCCACCAGCAAGAUUGGGUACACGAUCUAUCUUGCUACAUCGUGGUUAACAUUGGGAGUUGCGUGGCUGGUUUUCCGGUGGUUUCCCCGGGCGCACGUCAGGCUCAUUGGCAAGACAUCGCCUCUCGGUGAUUGUGACUGGGUGGUGAUCGAGAACCAAUGGAACGAAUUCUCGUCGUACAAUGUCAAACGACGCGAAUACGGACAGACAUUGUCAACCAUCUUCGGACAAGGCAAAGAAAAGUCCAUCAGCGUCCAUGCAUCGGACGACUACGACGACGAUGACCCAAUUGUACAGCAACUGCAGUACCUAGAUUAUCGCUACAUAAGAUUCUGCUACCACCCUCUGCAGGAUAGAUUUAUGCUCAAUAACCACUGGCGAGACCCUUCGUGGGAUGACGUACGGUCACUGAGGAUGGGUCUCGACGGAGACGAGAAGGGCUAUAGACAAACCGUUUUUGGAGAUAAUGUGAUGGACAUUGAAGAGAAAACUACCAUGCAGAUCCUGGUUGAUGAGGCUUUCCAUCCAUUCUACGUAUUUCAGAUUGCAAGUCUUGUACUUUGGUCCCUCGACGAAUAUUACUACUACGCCGUGUGCAUCUUCCUCAUUUCGCUGUUUAGUAUCAUGAGUACCCUGCUCGAAACAAAAUCGACGAUGCGUCGUCUGAGAGAAGUCUCCCGAUUCGUCUGCAACGUUCGAGUUCUGAGGAACGGCUUCUGGCGUUACAUCGCAUCUUCCGAUCUCAUCCCAGGCGAUGUCUACGAAAUCACGGAUGGGGAACUGUCUUUAUUCCCUUGCGAUAGUCUUCUCCUUACCGGAGAUUGUAUCGUUAACGAGAGCAUGCUGACUGGCGAAUCGGUACCGGUUUCCAAACUACCCUGCAACAAUGAAGCCCUUCACCUGCUUGACCUCGGCGCGGCUUCCGUACACCCAGCAGUGGCCAAAUCGUUCCUAUUCUGCGGAACCAAGAUCAUUCGAGCCCGCAAGCCCCAAGAUGGGAUCGAAGAGGAGGCUGUUGCCUUGGCCAUGGUCGUUCGCACGGGAUUCAACACCACCAAAGGUGCUCUGGUUCGGUCAAUGCUGUUCCCCAAACCCACAGGCUUCAAGUUCUACCGUGAUUCUUUCAAGUAUAUCGCCGUAAUGGGUGCGAUUGCUGGUCUUGGAUUCAUUGUCUCUUUCGUCAACUUUAUCCGGCUAGGCCUAGAGUGGCACCUUAUCAUUAUCAGAGCAUUAGAUCUGAUCACCAUCGUCGUCCCUCCAGCUUUGCCUGCGACAUUGACGAUUGGUACCAACUUUGCUCUCUCACGCCUGAAGAAGAGUAGCAUCUUCUGCAUCAGUCCGCAGAGGGUCAAUAUCGGCGGAAAGCUCGACGUGGUCUGUUUUGACAAAACCGGUACUCUUACUGAGGAUGGAUUGGACGUACUUGGUGUUCACUCUGUGACCUCGUAUCCGCACAAAUUUUCCGAGCUCAUCGAGACCUCUCGUGCGUUACUGAAGGCCGACACCCAAGGCUCAAAAACCGAUCAAUCACCGUUUAUAUCACUUUUCAACACCAUGGCAACGUGUCAUUCCCUAAGGCUUGUGGACGACGAGUUGAUUGGCGAUCCGCUAGACCUGAAGAUGUUUGAGUUCACGGAUUGGGUCUUUCAAGAGGGCGAAGGUGGGAAUACGAACAGCGGCAACAUUCAUGAUCCACGGAACGCGGAGAAUGGUCCCAGUAGUGGGCUGUCGCCAUCUGUUGUCCGUCCGCGUCAGAGUCACACGGCUUCCAACCUUAACCCCACUCAGGAACUAGGGAUAUUGAAGAUCUUCGAGUUCGUUUCACAACUCAGACGGUCCAGCGUUAUUGUCAAACGAUUCCGUGCCUCGGGCGGUGACAUCUACGUCAAAGGAGCGCCGGAAUGCAUGCGCGAGAUCUGUAACUCACUGAGUUUUCCCCCGGACUACGACACCAUUCUUGAGCAUUACACUCGCAGCGGAUACCGAGUGAUUGCCUGCGCAACGAAGCACAUUCCCAACCUGACCUGGAUCAAAGCUCAAAAGAUGAAGCGUGAAGACGCCGAGUCUGGCCUCGAUUUUGCUGGGUUCAUUGUUUUCGAAAACAAGCUCAAGGACUCGACAACUCCCGUGAUUGAGGAGCUAAGAAAGGCCGCCAUCCGCACCGUCAUGUGCACCGGAGAUAAUAUACUCACGGCCAUCAGUGUGGCCCAGAAGUGCAAGCUGAUUGAUGACUGCCUGGUCUUUGUGCCGCAUUUUGGAGAGGGCAAUUCGCAAAGCGAGGAUGCAAGGAUACAUUGGGAAACUAUCGAUGGUACUCCAGUCUUCCUCGAUGAUGUUACGCUUCUGCCGUUGCCUGGAGCCGAUAUUGCUGGACCAUACAGCACAUAUAAUCUGCACAACUACUGCAUGGCUGUUACCGGUGAAGCUUUCAGAUGGAUCAUUGACUAUGCCUCCGAGGAUUAUAUCAACCGGAUGCUGGUCCGUUCGCAAGUCUUCGCCCGAAUGUCACCCGACGAAAAGCACGAACUCGUCGAAAAGCUUCAAGCCCUCGACUACUGCGUCGGUUUCUGUGGCGAUGGAGCAAACGACUGUGGAGCCCUUAAAGCCGCAGACGUAGGCAUAUCUCUGUCAGAAGCUGAAGCAUCAGUCGCUGCACCAUUCACCAGCAGGAUCUUUGAUAUCUCGUGUGUUCCACAAGUCAUCCGAGAGGGACGUGCAGCAUUGGUCACCAGCUUCAGUUGCUUCAAGUAUAUGAGUUUGUACUCUGCUAUCCAGUUUACGUCCGUCAGCAUACUAUAUAAAUCCGGAUCCAAUCUGGGUGAUUUCCAGUUCUUAUUCAUCGACCUUCUGUUGAUCCUGCCCAUUGCGGUAUUCAUGGGAUGGAGUGGUCCAUACCCUACUCUGAGCCCCAAACGGCCCACCGCCAGCCUCGUCUCCCGUAAAGUCCUCACGCCCCUUCUCGGGCAGAUUUUCAUCGCCUUCGUCCUACAGUUUGCGUGCUACAAGGCCGCCGAAGUCCAGAGCUGGUACAUCCCGCCAAUUCUGAGCCACGAGAAGGCCAACAUUCCGAACUCCGCCAACACAACACUGUUCCUGGUUUCUUGCUACCAGUACAUCUUUGCGGCCGUGAUACUUAGUGUUGGGCCACCAUACAGGUUGCCGAUACGUUACAACGUCCCCUUCGUAGCAACAACCCUCCUCGGCAUCGCCAUAUCCUCAUACAUGCUGUUCUUCUGUCCCCAGUGGCUCUCAGACCUAAUGCAACUCACGAAGAUGCCGGUAGACUUCAAGUUUGUACUCGUGGCGGCAGCGGUUGUUGGCUUUGCCGUGUCGAUGGCCGGAGAACAACAGUUGUUCCCGUGGCUCUCGAGACUCUUGGGACCGAAGAAGGGCGGUGAGGGCGGGAAAAAGAGGAAGGCUUAUAAGAUUAUGAAUGAGAAGAUGCGGUUCUAGGGGGGAGGGGAUGGAGGGGAGGAGGAAGAAAAAGUAGAUUAGAAGUGUACUAUACCAUAUCCAAACGGUGGAGGAGAGGAGUGGAUUGUUUUCUGUUCUGUUUAUCACGAUUUCGUUUACACGGCAAUUCAGAGAUUCCCGAACCUUAUCCGCAUGCCAUCUUUGUGCGUCAAUGCGAAAACGUAGCUCAGGCACUCUCGAGAGACA